GGGCUGCCCCCACACAGCUGGAGGCCUGUCGGGGGACAGGGAACAGAGUUGCCGGGGGAUCCUGAAAGCAGCACCAGGAGUGACAGCUAAAAGGGGAAGAGGGGGAUCAGCCCAAGAAGAAGGAGGAAGAGGAAAACAAGACACACAGCCAGUGCAGUGGAGAGGAACGCAUGUCCAGUCGUCCUGGUCCCUGCGGAGCUAGUGUCCAGGAAUCUAGCUCCCUGCCCAACCCCAAGCCCUGCAUCGGCCUGCUGCCUUCCCCCUGAGGCCAUGGGCCCGGGGACUCUGCUGAUCCUGUUGGUGGCCACAGCUUGGCACGGUCAGGGGGUCCCGGUGAUAGAGCCCAGCGGCCCUGAGCUGGUGGUGGAGCCAGGCACAACCGUGACCUUGAGAUGCGUGAGCAACGGCAGCGUGGAGUGGGAUGGCCCCAUUUCCACCUACUGGACUCUGGACGCUGACGCCCCCAGCGGCAUCCUCACCACGAACAAUGCCACCUUCCUAAACACGGGAACCUACCGCUGCACUGAGCGUGAAGACCCCCUGGGGGGCAGUGCCACCAUCCACCUCUAUGUCAAAGACCCUGUUCGGCCCUGGAGGGUCCUGGUCGACGAAGUGACAGUGAUGGAGGGUCAGGACGCGCUGCUGCCCUGCCUGCUCACGGACCCAGCGCUGGGGGCAGGCGUCUCGCUGGUGCGGGUGCGUGGCCGACCUGUCUUGCGCCAAACCAACUACUCCUUCUUGCCCUCGCACGGCUUCAUCAUCCACAAGGCCAAGUUCAUUGAGAGCCAGGACUACGAGUGCAGUGCUCGGGUGGACGGCAGGAUGGUGAAGUCCCUCAGCAUCCGGCUUAAAGUUCAGAAAGUCAUCCCAGGACCCCCGACCUUGACACUGAAGCCUACAGAGCUGGUGCGGAUUCAAGGAGAGGCUGCCCAGAUCGUAUGCUCAGCCAGUGACGUUGAUGUCAACUUUGAUGUCUUCCUCCAACACGGAGACACCAAGCUCACAAUCUCUCAACAAUCCGACUUCCAUGACAACCGUUAUCAAAAAGUCCUGACCCUCGACCUCGAUCACGUAGGCUUCCAAGAUGCUGGCAACUACACCUGCAUGGCCACCAAUGCCCGGGGCAUCCAUUCCACCUCCAUGGUCUUCUGGGUGGUAGACAGUGCCUACUUGAACUUGACCUCUGAGCAGAACCUCCUCCAGGAGGUGACCGUGGGUGAGAAGAUCGAACUCAAAGUCAAGGUGGAGGCCUACCCAAGCCUGCAAAGUUUUAACUGGACCUAUCAGGGACCCUUCCUUGGCCAGCAGCCCAAGCUCAAUUUUGUAACCAACAAGGGCACAUACAGAUACACCUCCACCCUCACCCUGCUUCGCCUGAAGCCCUUCGAGGCCGGCCACUACUCCUUCCAGGCCAGAAAUGCCAGAGGCGAGGAGGCCCUGACCUUUGAACUCACCCUUCUAUACCCCCCAGAGGUAGAGGUCACGUGGACCCUCAUCAACGGCUCUAAAACCCUGCUCUGUGAGGCCUCAGGGUACCCCCGGCCCAAUGUGACAUGGGUGCAGUGCAGGGGUCACACGAACAGAUGUGAUAAGACCGAAGUGCUGGUCCUGGACGACCCAAACCCUGAGGUCCUGAGCCAAAAGCCCUUCCACAAGGUGACCAUCCAGAGCCUGCUGGCCACUGGGACCUUGGAACACAACAGGACGUACGAGUGCAGGGCCUACAACAGCGUGGGGAACAGCUCCCAGGCCUUCGGGCCUGUCUCUGUAGGAGCCUACAUGCAGCCCCUUGACGAGCCCCUCUUCACGCCGGUGCUGGUGGCCUGCAUGUCCAUCAUGGCCCUGCUGCUGCUGCUGCUGCUGCUGCUUUUGUACAAGUACAAGCAGAAGCCCAAGUACCAGGUGCGCUGGAAGAUCAUCGAGAGCUACGGGGGUAACAGCUACACCUUCAUCGACCCAACCCAGCUGCCCUACAAUGAGAAGUGGGAGUUCCCCCGGAACAACCUGCAGUUUGGUAAAACCCUUGGAGCAGGCGCCUUUGGGAAGGUGGUAGAGGCCACGGCCUUUGGUCUGGGCAAGGAAGAUGCUGUUCUGAAGGUGGCUGUGAAGAUGCUGAAGUCCACGGCUCACGCUGACGAGAAGGAGGCCCUCAUGUCAGAACUGAAGAUCAUGAGCCACCUGGGCCAGCAUGAGAACAUAGUCAACCUUCUGGGAGCCUGUACCCAUGGAGGCCCUGUCCUGGUCAUCACUGAGUACUGUUGCUAUGGCGACCUGCUCAACUUUCUGCGAAGGAAGGCUGAGGCCAUGCUGGGACCCAGCCUGAGUCCAGGCCAGGACCCCAAGGCAGGCACCGGCUACAAGAACAUCCACUUGGAAAAGAAAUACAUCCGCAGGGACAGCGGCUUCUCCAGCCAGGGUGUGGACACCUAUGUGGAGAUGAGGCCCGUCUCCACUUCUUCAUCAAAUGACUCAUUCUCUGAGCAAGACCUGGACAAGGACGACGGGCGGCCGCUGGAGCUGCGUGACCUGCUCCACUUCUCCAGCCAGGUGGCCCAGGGCAUGGCAUUCCUCGCUUCCAAGAACUGCAUCCACCGGGACGUGGCAGCCAGAAACGUGCUGCUGACCAGUGGCCAUGUGGCCAAGAUUGGGGACUUUGGUCUGGCUAGGGACAUCAUGAAUGACUCCAACUACAUCGUCAAGGGCAAUGCCCGCCUGCCCGUGAAGUGGAUGGCCCCAGAGAGCAUCUUCGACUGCGUCUACACAGUUCAGAGUGACGUCUGGUCCUAUGGCAUCCUCCUCUGGGAGAUCUUCUCACUCGGGCUGAACCCCUACCCUGGCAUCCUGGUGAACAGCAAGUUCUAUAAACUGGUGAAGGAUGGAUACCAAAUGGCCCAGCCCGCGUUUGCCCCAAAGAACAUAUACAGCAUCAUGCAGGCCUGCUGGGCCCUGGAGCCGACCCGCAGACCCACCUUCCAGCAAAUCUGCUCCCUCCUUCAGGAGCAGGUUCAAGUGGAUAGAAGAGAGCAGGACUACAGCAACCUGCCAAGCAGCAGCAGUGAGCCGGAGGAGGAGAGUUCCAGCGAGCACCUGGCCUGCUGUGAGCAGGGGGACGUUGCCCAGCCCCUGCUGCAACCCAACAACUACCAGUUCUGCUGAGGAGGUGAUCACAGGGACGUAUUGUCUGUCUCCCCUUCUCCAAGCUCUCAACUCCUCCAUGGAUGGGGCACCAUGGGGAGAACACAGACUGUGCCCUCGGUCAUUUCACUCAACAGCCUGGCCCAGCUCUGAAACUCGGGAAUGUGGGAUCUACAGGAGGUGGAGAGAACCCCACUCCCAGGGCCUGGGCCAUCACUGCCAGUCGGGGCUGGGGCUCAGCCCCGCCCCCACCAGUUCUCAAUGCUGUGGCCUCGUGUGUGCUAUGCCAACUCUGAGAAUACCCAGCUCACUCUUAGCCUGUUCCCACUUCCUCCUCUCCUGUUUCAAUAGAAAUGGACUGGUUUUGUGACUCCGAAGUCCCCAGGAGCUGCUCCAAUCUUGAGACAAAACAAGGCUCCUUGGCCAAAUGGAGGGACACCUGCUGAGUGGAUCAAGGAGAGCAGACAGGUGCUCAGGGCUGCACUUGGUUCAGGCCCUUGGAGCAGGGUGGCUCCUCUGGAAGAAUCUAAUUGUCCCUCUCUGCCCUCUAAGCCUUCUCUCCACGGCCCCACUCACCCUGGGUCUGGUACUGCUGCACUGAGCCAGGUGGCAGCUAAAGGUUGGGGUGCUCUGUCCGGCCCCCCCCCCCCUGCCAUUCUGAGCUGGAAGGCAGGGGCCCCGUGUGGCUGGCCACACCAAGCAAGCAGCACACACUCGAGGUUGACUCAUCAUAACUAACAGUCACACUGUGGGAUGUCUCUGACUGACAGCAUUAAAC